ACUGGUGGAAUCGAAUUAGUAAUUGUCUUGGGAACACCUGCAGAAGAAGAUGGUGGUGGGAAAAUUGAUUUAAUUGAAGCAGGAGCUUUUAAAAAUCUUGAUGUUGUUUUUAUGGCCCAUCCAUCCCAAGAAAAUGCUGCUUAUCUACCUGAUGUUGCUGAACAUGAUGUGACUGUGAAAUACUAUGGAAAAGCAUCUCAUGCUGCUGCUUAUCCCUGGGAAGGAGUAAAUGCGUUAGAUGCUGCUGUUCUCGCCUACAACAAUCUGUCUGUGUUAAGACAACAAAUGAAACCAACUUGGAGAGUUCAUGGUAUAAUAAAAAAUGGUGGUGUAAAACCCAAUAUCAUUCCCUCUUAUUCUGAAUUAAUCUAUUACAUCCGUGCGCCCUCAAUGAAAGAACUUCCAGUUUUGACCAAAAAGGCAGAAGAUUGCUUCAGAGCGGCAGCUUUGGCUACUGGGUGUACAGUAGAAAUUAAAGGUGGAAAACAUGAUUACUACAAUGUUCUUCCCAAUAAAAGCCUAUGGAAAGCUUAUAUGGAAAAUGGAAAAAAGCUGGGAAUCGACUUCAUUUCAGAAGAUGCAAUGUUGAAUAGCCCAUCAGGAUCUACUGAUUUUGGAAAUGUUUCUUUUGUGGUCCCUGGAAUUCAUCCAUACUUUUACAUCGGCUCUGACGCCCUGAAUCACACUGAACAAUAUACUGAAGCUGCAGGAUCACAAAAAGCUCAGUUCUACACUUUGCGUACAGCCAAAGCUCUGGCAAUGACAGCAUUGGAUGUUAUUUUUAAGCCAGAGUUGCUAGAAAGAAUCAGAGAGGACUUCAAAUUAAAACUUCAAGAAGAAGAGUUCUUAAAUACAGUAAAAUAAAAGGAAGAUUAGGAGCCGCUUAUGAAUCAUUAAGAAGAGUUGAUGACUUUUUGUCUUUGAUAUUUUUAAUGGAGGACAUGCUUGUUUUUUAAUCUUAGAGGAAUCAAGUCCCUUCUGCAUGAAAAGCGAGGACAUGAUGUGAAGAAAGCACAUUACUUCGUAUCCAAAAUGAAAAUUUUCACAAAUCUAUGCUUGAUGGAAUUGUGAACAUUCAGGAACUCAUGUGUAAUGGCACUUCUUAAACACUCUCGGUGAUAACAUGGUUUAUCAGUGAUAGUAUUUUAUAAAUUCAUAUGCUAUAUAGGUGCAUUUAAAAAGGUCUUCAGACAUUUAAA